ACGAGCGGAAACUGAACUUUUGUGAUGCUAAUGUUAUGAGUUAGCUGCUAUUGUAGUGCUAAAGCAAGGCCUGGUCGCUUUAAAAGGUUUGAUUCAUUCCCACUACGACCAUGGAGUCUAGCGGUACAGGGCGAGGAGGAUCAUGGACGUCCAGACCAGGCCAGCCACAGAAAAACAAGAUGACCAUGAAUAUUCUUCGUCAAGAGAAAUUAAUUGCUGAAAAGAAGAAGGAGAUUGAAGCCAGAAUGGCAGAGCAGGCAAAACUGAAUGCGCAGAUCGCCAGCAAGCCCCUACCUUCGAGUUUGCCCAGUCCACAGGGAGCGUCUUCCAACAAAUUUGCAAACGAUGGAAGCUUCUUGCAGCAGUUCAUGAAGAUGCAGAAAGAGAAGUCUAAUAAUACAUCUGAUUCUUCCAGUUAUAGUACAACGCCCUCAGUCUCAGCUUCAUCUCCAGGAGGAAUCUCUCAGCAGAAAAAGAGCGUAUUUGUUGGCCAGCGGCCAACCCUUAAAGUUAACAAAAUGCUUAGUCAAUACAAGAGCUUGUCUCAGUCUAAGAAGAGUCCUGUUCUCAGCCAGAGACCAAAUGUGUUUUGCUCAACGGAUGAUGAAGAUGAAGAAGAGACAAAUUACUCCAGAUUCUUAGAGAUGAAAGUCUCUCCCCCAGAGGAUUCAGACACCAGACUCAUCAUCGACAAGAUGGCUUCUUUUGUGGCAGAAGGAGGAGCUGAGCUGGAGAAGAAAGCUAAGGAGGACUACAAAGACGAUCCCGUUUUCUCGUUUUUAUAUGAUAAGAGCAGCAUGGAGUAUCUCUACUACAAUAAAAAAGUUGCAGAAUUGAAGAAGGAUUUGGAGAGAGCUGAGAAUAAAUCAAAUAAUGUCUCCCCCCCAGUGGACGCGGAAACCCUGCAAAUCAUUGAAAAUCUGGCCAAGUUUGUGGCAGAAGGCGGCCCCGAGGUGGAAGAAAUUGCUGUUGAGCGCAACCGAGAGAACCCAGCCUUCAGCUUUUUAUAUGACCACCAAAGUCCAGCUUACCAGCUCUACAAAGAGAAACUGCAGGAGUUCCACACUGCAACUUCCCAGAGCUCUUCACCUCCGGCAGCAGACUUUAGGACAGACGCUCAGCGACCCGGAGUUUCUCCGCUGCUCAACAGUACACCCGUGCUUCACAGUCAGGAGUUGGAAACGCCGCCAGUCAAACGAAAACGGAAGAGUAGGUGGGGGUCUGAAGAUGACAAAGUGCAGCUGCCAAUUCCUCCGAUUGUUAUUCCGAAUGAGGUCAAUGUUCCCGACCCUAAUACGCCCUCCCUUUCCGAUGCAAGAGAUGUAUGAGCUGAUCAUGAAGCACAAGCGUGCCAUGGCAGACAUGCAGAAGUUGUGGGAAAAAGCCAUCCGAGACCACCAGCAUGAAUAUGACAGCGAUGAAGAAGUGGACGAGGGAGCUGGGACCUGGGAACAUCAGCUAAGGAAGAUGGAGAUGGAAAAGACACGUGAGUGGGCAGAGUCUUUGACAGAGAUGGGCAAAGGGAAACAUUUUAUUGGUGACUUCCUUCCCCCUGAAGAACUGGACAAGUUCAUGGAGACGUUUAAAGCACUCAAAGAAGGUCGGGACCCUGACUACUCAGAGUACAAAGAGUUUAAGUUGACAGUGGAGAAUCUUGGUUUCCGAAUGCUCAUGAAAAUGGGCUGGAAGGAAGGGGAAGGCCUCGGCAAUGAAGGACAGGGAAUCAAAGAUCCUGUCAACAAAGGAACUACAGCUUUGAAUGGGGCAGGGUUUGGAAUCGAACGUCCAGCUGAGCUUUCAAAAACUGACGAUGAGUACGAUGCUUUCCGAAAGAGGAUGAUGCUUGCUUACCGCUUCAGGCCAAACCCACUGAAUAAUCCCCGGAGGCCUUAUUACUGAUACAGAGGACCCUUUCUGUCUAUACUUGUUGUUGUUUAUCAUAACAUUUAGCAUUGGCUUCUUGGCUUGGUUAUGAAAUAAACAUUGUUUUAACUGUGGAGUUCAAAAUAUCAGAGAAAAGUGGUUAAAAUCUGAAAUUUAAAGAAAUAUUGUUGGUGACAUUUUCUGUUUACCACAGAACUAUAUUCUUUAAGUAUUUACCCACCGGUUUGUUACAUUUCAGUGUAAAAGUGUAACAAGUUAAAUAUAUGAAGAUUACAUCUGUAAUUUUUUAUGAUUUUCCUACACUUUUAAUUUUCAUCCUUUUAUUAAUCUUCGUACUUCCAACCAAAUAGCAGUUCUGUAUAAAAAAAAAUCAUCUGUAAUACUCGUGAGUUUGUUGCUGUACUCCUUUCAUGUUUUUUUUUUCUUUUUCAAAAUAAAAUCACCCCCUUUGAAAUGUGAAGUUGUCACACAAGUCCCAAGAAAUUCAGUGAGGUGCAGCUGUGUAUUUGCAUUAAACGGCACGUGUGUGUGCUACGUGCAGACGUUUUCUGUGCUUUUGUUGAUAUUUCGGUCACGUUUCAUUUCUGCAUCGCUCUUGUUUUAAAGCAGGCUCACCCUCCUUGAUCAGUGAAAUCAGACCUUCACUUCGGCAUUCCUUAGAGAUGUUUACACAGGAUAAAUAUAACCCGAGAUCCCAGCUGAGCAAGAGCAGCUUUUUAGCCACAUCGUCAAACAAAAAUAACAGAGCUCAAAAUGUAAAUAAAGUUUGUAAGAAGCAUAAAUUAUAAUGGUGGGAUAAACCUAAAAUGUUACAAAAUGAUAAGAAUCAGUGCAGGUUUCAACUUUGUGUCAACAGAUGACAAAGCGUUGUCUGAAAAUUGACAAAUAUUUACCGGUAACUUUUUUUUAUUUCAAUAUAAUCUGUUCUAUAACUGUUGCACAUGUUAAGCAUCUAAAUAUUGUGGAAUUGUGCAAGUAGUGAAUGAGUGGAUCAGAUUUUCUUAUUGUAGAUGGUACCAAAAAACAGCUGCUUUGGAUUAUUAGGAUUCUUUUUUUUUUUUAGCAUAGAUGAGUAAAUGAGUAUUAAGGAGUCAACAAUUUUUAAAGCUGAAGUAACAAAAUUUACAAAAAUUACAUGUUGGGAAAUGUUUGUAAAACAAAAAUAAAUGUGUCUUGCAAAGAAA